AUGCCCGUGCAGCCCAUAGCAGAAUACUUCUAUCCAGAAACAUUUAUAUUUGUAGAAGGCCCGGUGUUCAUUACGCACUCUGCAGCCGAUAAAAGCACACAUGUCAAGAUGUACAAGUGCCCAAACACACACAUCCAAACCUUUGUCUUCCAUUCGUUUUCAAAAAGCCAGGACAUGCACGUGCAGAUGAACAGCGCCGAAGGCGUGGUGAAGAUACAGCUCAAGCCGACGGGCGAGGAAAGAGUGCACAUUUUUGAAGACUGGGCGGCCCUGUCUGCACUGGCCGCCGAAAGCGCAAUUUCCAUCCGAAAUACCUCCUGCAGCGAGGAAACAUGCACUCCCACAGUGCAUAUACACGGACAAAAAACAUUCUCCAUAAACGAGCCUGGGAUAACUGCGCUGUACCACAGCCCCGAAGACAUGAAGCUAUACACAUACAUGCCGCUCACCCAGACUAUAAAAGAGUACGCGCUUUUCAACGUCGAGAAGAUCAGCCCAAGCGGGCUGUGCUUUCUAUACCCAACCCACAUGGUUGUGCAUGUCUUGGGCAAAAAAUACACGCUUCCUAUAGAGUACACGCCAGACUCUUUGAUUUCGCUCUUCCAUAAAAACCGAGCGCUCACCCACGUGAUUUCGACAGGCGACCUGAUUGCACACAAAAACGAGUUUAAAAGGUACCCGGACGGGUUUCGCCCAACAAGCCUGUGGAACACACAUCAUUAUAUAUACAUGUUCUCAAGACACACAAAAGACAUGCUUGUUUUGAACCAAGACCUCAGCAUUGAGCACGACAUGGGCGCGUCCAGCGUUUUUGUCUCAAGCGAGUAUGUGUUUGUGACGAAAAACAACAGCACCGUGGCACACCACGUUGCGUCGUUUUCGUUUGCCUUUCUGCUGCCUGGGUAUGUUGUCACAGAGAGCGUGAUUGCAAUGGAGGUGGUUGGAAACCUUCUUUUGGUGUUUUCUGCCGAGAAGCUGCUGAAAGAAACCACGCCUUUGUUUUCUCUUUUUCUCACGGAGAUAAACAUAGAAACAAAAAGCGUGAGAAAAAGGACUGCGUGCAUUUUGGAAAGCAUUUCUGCGUGCGGCGUAAAAAUCUUUGGGCUUACAGAGUGCCUAGACAGCCCGUGCAUCACAACAGGCCUGCUUGAUGUGUCUUUUGUGAAGAAGGGCGAGAUGUACAUGGCGUUUGGGGUCUCUGCAAACAGCGUCUUUGUCUUCUAUCCAGACGGGAUGGCAGUCAUCCCGGUGCCGCACAUUAUAAGCCCGUUUGCUGCAGCAAGCAAGGAAAAGAGCUCUAAGGCAGGCGCGCCCGUUCGAAUAGACCCUAGCACAGGGACGCUCUACAUAGUGAAGGACGCUCUGAAAGAAGAGUGCAUAUUUCCCUCUCUGGUGCUUCUGGCAGCGGCCAGAAAAAUGCCGCCCUCGGUUGUUUUUGCGCUGUUCUUUGGCACGCCCGAGUACAAAACAAGCGUGGAAAAAACACUGUUCCACUUUUUGAACUCAGAGGAGAUAGAGCUGGCGAUAGACUUGAUAGAGUGCAUCAAGGAGUACGCAAACGACAUAUACGAGGAGGUUGUGUCUGUGAUGCUAAGGCUUUUGGACGAGCGCAAUGUAAGCAAGCUGUACAGCCUGGUUGGCAGAAACAGCGUGCGCGAGUUCAGGUGCGCAGAGUCUCUUAGCAGAGCGCUGGUGCGCGAUCUUUCUCUUUUUGAAAGGUUCCUGGAAAGCGCAAUUGCGCAAAACAAAGAGCAUUUAGUUGCAGAGUUUGUUGAGUUUGCGUCAAAAAUAGACGACCCUCCGCUGCACCUCCGCAUUCUCUCGCUUCUUCUUGAGCACACAAUGCUCUACGCUGCAGGGCUUCUUCUCUCAGGCAUAGAUCUGGGAAAGCUGGAGGAAGGGAAGGAGAUCAGUGCUCUGCUAUGCGCGCAUGCAGAAGCAGGCGCAACUUUUGCCUGGGCAAAAGACACCCAGGAGCCGGCCGAGGUUCUGGAAAAGGUCUUUUUGAGCGGGGACCCCGUGCUAAUAGCCAUGGUGGCGGAGAAGCUGUGCAUUCUCAAUCAAAAGCAGAAGAUGUAG